UUGCAUGCAUGCAUGGUAUUCUCGGUAUCGUUGAUUGCCAUCUAUUGGCUUGAAUGGUUGAAAUUCGAACUUGUUUUGAUUCUAUAUUCCACAUGAUGAUGAUGUGGUGGUAAAUUAUGGAUUUCAAUAAAUUCAAUUUAUCAUCGAUUGAAUGGAAAAAUUUUCAAUCAAUUUAUAAUAAUAAAAAUAAUCGUCUACCAUUAAUUGGUUCAAUUUGUUAUUGUACAUAUAAUCUACAUAUGUCAUUGAAUGGCGGUUUAUCAAGCCUAAUACCAUCGAUUGGUAAUCGAUCAUUGAAUCUUUUAUUACUUACAUCACACAUUGGAAUCGGUUAUUAUAUAAAUCGUCAAAAACAUAUUCAACAAUGUCAUGAUCACAUUAUCAUUUCAAUUUAUGGAUCAUUGAUGUUUAAUUUAAGUUCAUUUUUAUUUACAGCCAUAAUGAAAAAUUUCAUACCACAAUCACAAUUGUUUAGAAGCAUAUUUGCCAUGUUCAUAGCAAUGAUGAACAUUUAUAUGGGUAGAAAGAUUUUAAAAUUAUCACUUGAAUGA